AUGAGCAACAGGAAACCCCUCGGGGCCGACACGCGCCACUCCACUGUGGGCUUCACGGUCAACUCAUCGCUGGUCCACCUUGGUUUAGCUGCCAGUCUUGGCCUAACGAAUUGCAUUUUGUCUUCUAGAUUUCAUCGUUUCUUGGAUGUCAACAGUCACAAAGUAGAAAAGACAAUAGAAGGAAUUUAUGAAAAAUUCAUCAUUCAUUCUGAUCUCGGUAAAGCUGCCAGCUGGAAGAGAUUAACUGAGGAAUUUCUAAAUGCAUCACUUCCAAACAUAAAGGAAAUAAAGACUGAUGCUCACUAUUCCACACUGUCACUCCUCCUGUGCCUGUCUGACUCUCCUUCAAACAGCAGCUACGUGGAGACACCACGAGAUAAAGAAGUGGAAAAGAAAGAUGAUUUUGACUGGGGAAAAUACUUGCUGGAAGGUGAAGAAAUUGACUUUAGUCAGAACGGAGACACACCAAAUUGGUCUGAAGAAAGUGGGGAUGAAGAUGACCCACAGCCCUUGAGCAGAGAAGACUCUGGGAUUCAGGCAGAUCGGACACCGUUAGAGGAACAAAGUCACAGCAGGAAACCAGGGCCACGUGUCAGCUGGAAAGUGGAUGAGCCAGAUGCCCGAAGCUGGCUGGAGCAGCAUGUCGUCCAUCAGUACUGGACAGCUCAGUCCUCGAGGUUUCCUCAUAGUUUGCAUUUGCACUCCAAUUUAGCUGCUGUCUGGGACCAACAUUUGUGCAGCAGUGACCCAUUACACCUUCCAGAUGACAGGGUUUUUGUUACUGAGACACAGGUUAUUCGGGAAACCCUGUGGUUACUUUCAGGGGUCAAAAAGCUCUUUAUAUUUCAGUUGAUUGAUGGAAAAGUAACUGUGAGAAACAACAUAAUAGUAACCCAUUUGACACAUAGCUGUUUGCGGUCAGUGCUGGAACAGAUCGCGGCGCAUGGCCAGGCUGUGUUCCGACUCCAGGCAUUCAUCGAUGAAGUCCUGGGGCACAGCUCUGAGAACACGCUUCCCGGGAACGGAUCCAUCCUUAAGAAGUUGGCUGAAGCUCCCUUUCGAACUUACCAGGCUUUCAUGUGGGCCCUGUACAAAUACUUUAUUGCUUUCAAAGAAGAGCUUACGGAAAUUGAGAAGUGUAUCAUCAAUAACGAUACUACAAUAACUCUUGCUAUAGUGGUGGACAAGUUGUCUCCUCGACUGGCUCAGCUGAAGGUUCUGCACAAAGUCUUUAGCACUGGGAUAGCCGAAGUCCCACCAGACACUCGGAAUGUCGUGCGGGCAUCUCACCUGCUUAACACUCUGUACAAGGCCAUUCUUGAAUAUGACGACGUUGGAGAAGCCUCUGAGCAAACCGUCUCCCUGCUUUUCUCUCUCUGGGUGGAGACAGUGCGGCCCUACCUGCAGAUUGUGGACGAGUGGAUUGUGCACGGCCACCUGCGUGACUGUGCGCGGGAGUUCAUCAUCCAGAGAAACAAAAAUGUCCCAGUAAAUCACAGAGACUUUUGGUAUGCGACUUACACACUGUACAGCGUGUCCGAAAAGACAGAGAGUGAAGAAAGGGUGAGUGAUAGUGCCAGCGCAAGCUCCGGCAGCGACCAGGGGCCCUGCAGCCGGCAGCACACCAUGGUGUCCUUCCUCCGCCCUGUCCUGAAGCAGAUCAUCAUGGCCGGCAAGUCCAUGCAGCUGCUCAAGCACUUGCAGGUUGGGGACAGCACCACAGGCCAGGCCAUGGCCAGAGAUGCAGAAAGAAAAGGCUUGUACACCCUCUUUCUGGAAUCCGUACAGUCACGCCUUCGACACGGAGAAGAUGCCAGCACACAGCCCCUCACCGCCCAGCAGGCAUCCAAAGAGAGCCUCAUUAAGAUGCAGUGCAUCGCCGAAAGACACCUUGAGCUGGAUGAUGCUCACGACCCGCUGCUGGCAGUCAACUUUGCCAGGUUGUACUUGGAACAGAGUGACUUUCAUGAGAAGUUUGCUGGUGGAGAUAUAUGUAUGGAUAGAUCAUCGGAAUCUGUGACGUGCCAGACAUUUGAAUUAACACUGAGGUCUUGCCUCUAUCCCCACAUUGACAAGCAGUAUCUAGAUUGCUGUGGAAACCUCAUGGAAACACUGAAGAAAGAUUACAGGUUGGUGGAGUACUUGCAGGCCAUGAGGAAUUUUUUUUUAAUGGAAGGUGGAGAUACCAUGUAUGACUUCUACACAUCAAUUUUUGAUAAAAUAAGAGAAAAGGAAACCUGGCAAAAUGUGUCUUUUCUUAACGUCCAGCUCCAAGAAGCAGUAGGACAGCGUUAUCCUGAAGACAGUCCACGUCUCUCUGUAUCUUUUGAGAAUGUGGACACAGCUAAGAAGAAACUCCCUGUUCAUAUCUUAGAUGGUCUGACCCUGAGCUACAAGGUCCCAUGGCCUGUGGACAUUGUUAUAAGUUCGGAAUGUCAAAAAAUUUAUAAUCAGGUGUUCCUUCUCUUACUGCAGAUAAAGUGGGCAAAAUACAGCCUGGAUGUUUUACUAUUUGGUGAAUUAGCUGGAAAACCACCACUUCAAGAAGGACUUUUAUGCAGACAGGAACCGGCUUCCCAGUUUGGAACACAGAAGAAACCAGCAAGACAGCUGAUUCAUCGGAUGUUCCUCCUGCGCGUGAAGCUCAUGCACUUUGUGAACAGCUUACACAACUACAUCAUGACCAGGACGCUUCACAGUACAGGGCUGGAGUUUCAGCAUCAAAUUGAGGACGCCAAGGAUUUAGAUCAGCUGAUUAAAGUUCACUAUAGGUACUUGUCAACCAUCCAUGAUCGAUGUCUGCUGAGAGAAAAGGUCAGCUUUGUGAAAGAGGCCAUCAUGAAGGUGUUGAACUUGGCGCUCAUGUUUGCAGAUGGUUGGCAGGCGGGCCUGGGGGCGUGGCAAAUGGAAUCUAUAGAGAAAAUGGAGUCUGAUUUCAAAAACUGCCAUAUGUUCCUUGUCACCAUUUUAAACAAAGCCGUCUGUAGAGGGUCCUUUCCCCAUUUGGAGUCUCUAGCGCUGUCCCUCACCGCCGGCGUGGAGCAGAGUUAAAUGUCUGCAUGUGAUAAUGCCUCAGACCUUCUCUCCGUACAUGCACAGCCCCAUCACAUGCAGCUGAGAAGGAGGAAUCAUUUUAUUUUGUUUCUUUUUUAAAAACUGUUGUAUCUAGACAAGUGGGUUGUAGGUGUUUUCUCUGGAGCUUACCUGGCAGUGUAUAGUGCACGUAGCAUACAAAAGCGUAUCAGCGAUGCAGAGCGAACACAGGCUGUUUGCACUCUGUUUCCUCCCGUAAGCCACAGAUCUGUGGUCUUGAUAUCUUUAGAUAUGAAUGAUGUCAUUUUUGAAAAUGUAAUCGUUAAUAUUAAAAAUAUGUUAAAGCACUUUA